GAAAUAAUGUUUGAAACUGGCAGAAAAUGAAAAGGAAAAUGUGUCAUGAAAGAUAUUUUUAACUCCUUUUUAAGGUGUUUUUUUUCCCCUCCUCCUUUCCUCACACCUAUCAAUUAUAUAGAUCCAUUGAUCCAGGAGCUGCAGAUCCUUUAAUAUUAAAGAAAGGUUAAUGUUUUACACAGAAAUUAUUUAUCACAGUUAUUCCCACUCUGAUCGAUACCACCACCCCCUCCUCUUUACACCAUUGGAGGUCUACUUCAUCACCGGAGGAAAACAAUUUCAUCCACUGGCUCCACCUCAUUCUCCAGUCGACUGUAGAGAGAGUGUGUAGAGGGGGGCAACAAGCUUCCUAUUCCUUCCUGCAGGCUUCAAGUCAACAGAGUAAAAAGCAUCUCUUCAGUCUCUGGAAAAAAAGGGAGGAGUUGGGUUCUGGGCAGCUACUGCACAAAGAGGGAAACCACGGAAAUCUGCAAGUAUUGUCUGCAACUGGAGAGAGAGAUGGAGGAGUGAAAGAUCUGAGCAACAGGGGUGAGCCUCUCCGGAUUUUCAGAGUGAUUACCUCUGGGAGUGAAGCCGUCGCUUACAUCUGCAAUUAUCACGUCCAUUUAUCUAUUGAUGAAGGACUGCAGAUAGUUACGCUGGAUGUUUUCUGUUAAUGGAGUGAUUCAGCUGUUUUUCUCAUAAAGGAAUCAUUAUGUAAAUCAAUUUUAUCUCUCCCAAGGAGCACACUUCCUUUGUUUUUAUCUGCACGGCAAAGUGUUUUCACGCCUGAACAGCUGGACAGCUGCACACACGCCUCCAGUCGCUGCUACCUGGAUUUUUUUUAUUUUUUACUUUUUUUUUUUUUUUUUAAAACAUGUACCUGGAGAUGGUUGUGAAAAAAGAAGUCCACCCUGUGUAAAUUGUAGUCUGGCGUUGGCUCCUGAAAGAAACUAACAUAACGAAGCCUUGCACUUGCAAUUAUGGUUAAAGCGUCCACGUCCGAAUCAAUCGCCCUGGGGCAGCACAAGUCGAACGAUGCCCAGGAGAACACCGCUCAAAACGCAGAGUCCAGCUCCGUGAAAGCAACAUGGAAAGAGAUCACAGUGGAUUUCAUUAUGAGGACCAAGAUCCACGGUUUGAAGUUUGUCUUCUCUCCCGACAAGUCCAAACCGCAGCGAGUCGUCUGGAUCAUGGCCUUCUUCCUUUGCGUUGGUCUCCUCUGCACCUGGUCCUGGAAUCGAAUCCUCUACCUGAUGUCCUACCCUGCCGUCACCAAGAUCUACAUGGUCUGGGCUCACAACAUGUCCUUCCCAGCCGUCACGUUCUGCAAUAAAAAUGUUUUCCGUGUGUCCACUCUGACCCAGGAGGACCUGUACCACAGCGGCUACUGGAUGGACCUUUUGUAUCCUAAUCACACGGUGAUAACGAGGAGCCUGUCCAUCCUGAAAGACAGCCACAAGCAGGGUCUCCUCAGUCUGCUGGACUUCGACAACUACACCCCGCCCCCCGAUUACCGUGUCAACACCACGGAGAUGAUGGGUCGCCUGGGCCACCAGCUAGAGGACAUGCUGCUGGAGUGCAAGUUUCGCGGGGAAACCUGCACCUACAAAAACUUCAGCACUAUUUACACCCGCUACGGAAAAUGCUACACCUUCAACUCGGGAUUGGACGGCAACCCUUUGUUGACCACGUUAAAAGGUGGCACCGGCAACGGCCUGGAGAUCAUGUUGGACAUUCAGCAGGACGAAUACCUGCCUGUGUGGGGGGAGACAGAUGAGACCUCCUACGAAGCAGGCAUCAAGGUUCAGAUCCACAGCCAGGACGAGCCGCCCUUCAUUGACCAACUGGGAUUUGGUGUGGCCCCUGGUUUUCAAACUUUUGUGUCAUGUCAGCAGCAACUGCUCCAGUACCUCCCACCGCCUUGGGGAGAUUGCAAGUCUACCCCCAUAGACUCUGAAUACUUCUCCACAUACAGCAUCACCGCCUGCCGCAUUGACUGUGAAACCCGGUACCUGCUGGAGAACUGCAACUGCAGGAUGGUUCACAUGCCCGGAACCUCAACAGUUUGCACACCUGAGCAGUAUAAAGACUGUGCUGACCCAGCUUUAGACUUUUUGGUAGAGAAAGACAACGAUUACUGUGUCUGUCAGACCCCCUGCAACAUGACUCGCUAUGGCAAGGAGCUGUCCAUGGUUAAGAUCCCCAGUAAGGCAUCUGCUAAAUAUCUGGCUAAGAAAUUCAACAAAACUGAGCAAUAUAUUGGAGAAAAUAUACUGGUCUUGGACAUCUUCUUUGAAGCUCUGAAUUAUGAGAAGAUUGAGCAGAAGAAGGCCUAUGAAAUAGCGGGGCUUCUCGGUGACAUUGGAGGUCAGAUGGGGCUGUUCAUCGGAGCCAGUGUUCUAACAAUACUGGAAAUAUUCGACUACCUAUAUGAGGUGUUCAAGGAUAAGGUUUUGGGUUACUUCAUACGCAAGAAACGACCACAGCGUUGUCAGAGCGACAAUCUGCUCGGGAACAACUGCAAGAAAAAUGCCUGCUCCUCCCCUCCAAAUGCUAUUCAUGAACAGCACCAGUGAAGAAGCAAUUUCCCAUGCAGAAACAAUAUAUUUUUCUCGAAAACGCGGCCAUUAAUAAAACAUGCACGUCGUUUUUAUUGCGCAAUGUGACAGAAUAAUCAGUAUUCUGCUCUUUAUUUACAUUGCGGGAGGCAGGAUAAAUUAUUGAUGACACACGUCCACUACAGCUGUGCACGUGGAAUGCAGAUGAGUAGUGACAGAGGACGAACUGGAGUCAGUAAGCUGCUGCCUUCGUGGUUCUUUGUGUCUUUGCUUUUUUUUUUUACAUCUCCGCGCACGGACAAGCACACAAGAAGCGUCUGACCUGCUCUCGGUUAAUUCUUCUUCGUGACUCACAAACCGCUCGUAUUAUCAGAGGAUAUGGCCCUUAUCUCCGUUAAUCCCACACUCAACCCACUCUUUAGUAUUUACACAAUAUGCGGUCGCUUCUCGGUGUCACCCUCUAUCGUGUAAUUACGGUUCACUUGGAGAAGGGAAAGCUUUUUCAUACCCUCGAUUUUACCCGAUUGUCUGGAGGCAUUUAAAAAUGCAGAAUUAGAGGAAAGCAGGGCAGCAUUAAGGGGUCGGGAGAUUUCAUUAACAUUUCAUGAUUAGCUUGUUUUAAACACUAUUAACGCAAUAAAACCGAUUUAACUUCCCAAUUAAAGCUAGAGGAAUGGCUGGCUUCUCCGUCCCAACUGUGUCCAAAGGCGCUUUCACUCCCUCCUGACUGUUACGUAAGCUUUAUACAAGGCACUUUAGAAAUGAUUUAUAGCUGAAAUCCACCUAAAGUAAUCAGCAACUGUUCUCCUCAUACAGUAUUGCUGAAUCAAGGCACCAACAAAUGAUGAAAGACUGAUUUUUUUUUUCUUUGCUGGCUUCAGAUAGAGAAACAGUUUGCUGUACGUAGAAAAGAAAUAAAUACUGCUGUUCUCAGACAGAUUGUAAAUUGAUACUAUUGAUCAUACCAGAAAUGUUUCCUGGCUGGAGAGUUACCUAUCUGGUAAAAACAGAACAGAAAAGUUUCCUUCUUGACAGCAAAUAAAUAAAUAAUGGCUGAGGAGCCUCACAAGGAAGGAAGGAAGCCUGUGACUGGCACGUAGCAAACUGCAUGUCUGUGGUGACAUUUUCUAGAAGGAAUAAAAAGCUAUAUUGAGUUACAGAAUAGAAUAGAAUAGAAUAGAAAACCCUUCAUUUGUUCCUCAGUGGGGAAAUUGCAGUACUGCUAAUGUACCCUGUGUAAACAGAUACCUGGAUAUUAUUGCAUUUUACUAACUCGCCAUCAGAUGAAAUGUAAAGAUGGACGAACCCUUUUAUGGCGUCACCCAUUACAACUUGAACUCCAAUGUCUGAUCGUGCCAGCCGUCAACACAUUGCUAACUCUUUCUAACUCUUGGAUAAAAGUAAAAUGUGGGCAAAGAGGUGGAGUGUGAGUGGUAACACCACAGCCAACAGCUAGCAACAAGCUAAUAUCCGCUAGCGGCUUUCGAUACCCCCGAUUUCCUUUCCGAUGCGACACUGAAUAAAAUUCAGGCUGGUACCGACACUGUGCAAAUACCCUUAUUGUGCCUGGUAAAUCUAAAAAAGUAGUGUAUUUCAAAUCAUAGCCUCAUAAAGAA